AUGUUUCUGCGCAGGUCCGUUGUCGCCGGUCAACGGUUUGCAUCCACCAUGUCCCAGUCGCUCACCCCAAUGGAGGAUGCUAUGCGCUCCAAGGCAAGUCCCUCGCUCUCUACCUACCUCACCGAAAGCCUCAAACCAACCACCCUUGAAAUCCACAAUGACUCGCAUCUGCAUUCCCAUCACAAGGCCAUGCAGGGCGUCACAAGCAAAGAGACACACUUCCGCGUUGUCAUAACCUCCGAGGCCUUCAAGUCCAAAAUGCAGCCCGCCCGCCACCGCAUGGUUUACCAGCUCCUCAAGGAUGAAAUGGCUCAAGAAGGCGGUAUUCACGCCUUGCAGCUCAGGACACGGACCCCCGAAGAAGAAGAGAAGCAAAGCCAGGUCGCGUGA